AUGUCAGACGCAAAAAAGAAAAUCAUCAAGAAAGGAAGUGAGCCAACAGAGUUCGAAUACCAUGUUGCCCAGACCUUAGGUGAGAUUGAAGCAUCCGCAAGUGACCUCAAAGGUGAACUUCGUGACAUUUUUAUUACAGGAGCAAGUGAAUUUGAGGGGAAAUUCAGAGGGUCAGUCCGUAAUGCUGUAGUAAUCAUGUUCCACUAUAGAUCACUCCAAGCAGUCAGAAAAAUCUAUGCCAGACUUCUAAACGAGCUCGAAAAAAGAUUUUCAAGGCCAGUGGCUAUAAUUUUCUCAAGAACUAUAUUACCAAAAUACCUCAAAUCCAAAGGCCAGCAGAAACGCCCUUAUUCAAGAACUCUUACCAGCGUUCAUGAAGCGAUUUUAGAUGAUUUGGUGUUCCCUGCCACUAUUCUUGGAAAGAGGCAGAGAAUCAAGACUGAUGGGAAACGUGUCUUUAAAGUUCUCCUUGAUCCUAAAGACAGAGAAAAAUUCGAAGAAAAAUUAGAUACUUUAAGUGCUGUUUACAACAAGCUAACUAACAAAGAAGUAGUUUUUGAAUUCCCUCUUAAUAGAGAAUUCCCAGUUUAA